GACCUGUGUAGCCGUCGCUGCUUCAGUGUGAUCUGGUUUCUUUACUGUUUACUGCUACCAUCUCAAGAUGUCUGCAAUACAGUCACUGAGGACGUUCGUCAACCAUCGACUGACAGUUGCUGUCGAAGAAAUAAUCGGGAUGUUUGAGAAAACACUAAGCGAGUACGAGGAGGAAAUCGAUCGCCAGCGGAGGCUGCUGGGAGCUGAUCAGCUGUCUGCUAUCAGGAUAACAAUACAGAGAGAAGCCGGUGUGUUGAUGCAAGGUGCAAAGAUUUCCCCUGAACAAAAGAUGAGCCCCGGUCUGGACCCAGGGGCCCAGGAGCCCCCACGCAUGAAAGAGGAACCAGAGGAGGUCUGUAUUAGGCAGGGGCUUCAAGUGCUGGAGGGGGCUGAUGUCUCAGAGUUCCAGUUCUCUUCUGUCUCUGCGAAGAGUGAAGAUGAUGAAGAGAAACUCGAGUCCUCACUGCUUCACCAAAGACAAACUGAAGAAAUCAGAGAAGCAGAUCUUCCAGACAGUCCAGCACAGCAGAUUGGAGCUGGAAGAGACAACUGUGGACAAUUAGAGCCAAACUUUAACUUGGAUGUAUCUGGUUUUUUGAAAGCAUCCAGCGAUGGUCAGUUUUUCCUUUCACAGUGUUUUAAAACUGAGACUAAAGACUUAGAUGAUGACUCGAGCCAGAUGAUUGAAUCCCAGCCAUUUUCAGACACACUGAAAGACAAUGAAGCUCAUAAUCAGGACAAAAUCCAUAAAUGCCCAGCAUGUAGCAAAACAUUUAAGCAGAAUGCGGCUCUGCAGAGGCACAUAACAUGCCACACAGGGGAGAGACCAUAUCACUGUACUGAAUGUAGUCAGACAUUUAGGCAAAAGGGAAGUUUGCACAUACACAUGAGAAAACACACGGGAGAGAAGCCUUUCUGUUGUGUAGUUUGUGGUAAAAACUUCACCCAGAGUGGAACAUUAGCUGCACACAUGAGGAUUCAUACUGGAGAGAAGCCUUUCAGCUGCUCAGUAUGUAACAAAAGGUACAAUGGAAGAGGGACACUAGUCAGACACAUGCGAGUGCACACGGGAGAGAAACCAUUUAUGUGCUCUAUUUGUGGGAAAAGAUUUAGUGAAAAAGGAAAUCUGGAUAAACACAAGAGAGUUCACACAGGAGAGAAACCAUUCAGUUGCAGUGAAUGUGAGAAAAGUUUUAGUUUGCUGUCAAACCUCAAAAACCACAAGUGUUCUGCUAAGAAGAGCAGUGUAACAUGCGCUUCAGCUGGGAUGUCAAAAUGGGACAGUUCAAUUAACCAAUCAGUAGGAAGCCUUUAGUCCAACCCAGUUACCAGAAUAAAAUGUUGGCAUUGUACAUCUCUUCACCACAGAACAUGAUUCAUUUUGACAUUUCUUUGCCGGUGCAACCUGUCCUCAUUUCCUAUUUGUCACAUGGAAAACACAUUUUUUUUUUCAAAUUCAAGGUAACAAAGUGAGUAAUUGAUCAACAACUAGUAUUUGUUCAGUGUGUAACUAUUGUGACUUAUCCCUGCGGUUUCACCAUUUCACAUUACAGGUUUUCUCCAUUGGUUUGGCUCAUUUCUUGAAAAAUAAAUUACAUUCUCAAAACUCUAAGAUCAUUUGUCAAAACAAGUCUUACAGUACAGCCAGUGGCGGUUCUAGACCAGUUUUACUGUGGGGGCCAAGAAGGGGGCAGUGUUUAAUCAGAGGGGCCCAUUAAAAAACGGCAAAGAUUAUAUUUAAGCAUUAAAAACCUUUAUUUUAGCUCAUUUAAAAAUCUCAUUUAAGUAUAUUUGGAAGAUACAAAUACAUUGAUUGAAACAAUGAGACUUGAAUUAUUUUUGCACGACAAUGACAUUUCUUAUUUUUGUGCACAAUUACUUUUUUUUUAUUUUGAAAGUGCAGUAUAGUGAGAAUGAUCUUUUUUUAUACACACACAUGCUUUUAUUGCACAAUUAAACUAUUAUACAAUGGACACAUUCUGGGUUCCUUUUGUGCACAAUGAGAUAUUGUUUGAACAAAAAAUAGGUAAGAAUUGAUCCGUCGUUCAUUGUUAUAAAUUGAUCAUUUAAAUAUUAAUUUUACACAGGGGCCACAACAGGGGCCAAGGGCUUCUUCACAGGGGCAGUGGCCCCUGUAGGCCCCUGUGUAGAACCGCCACUGAGUACAGCACAACACCAUAGUUCACUUGCAAAAGCUCAUAUCUUUUCCAAAAUGUUCACUUGUGUCAAAACUAAAUUUUUCAUAUAGUCUGUUCCCCCAAAAUGCGUUUCCCUUUGGCAUUGUGUACGCACUGCAAGUCAAAAUGUUUACAUGUUUGUCACUAUGGCAGAGACCAUUGAAAUAUCCCUCAUGUCCACCUCUCAGUCCUUCAUUGACAAUGGUUACAGCACUAGUUUUUUUGUCUAGCAAACAGAAUACAAUUGUGUGUACGACUGAAAAAGAAAAAUAGGAUUUCACAGUAAGAAUACUGUAAUGAUCGCCUUCUGAGUACUGUCACUUCAAAUUACUUUUGUUUCUUUUGGUUACCAUGGUAGCGUAAGGUCGUAGGUGAGGCUGACUGUACUUUUUUCCCGGGCUGGACAGAACUCCUCCGUAACCAUAUAACAUUUUCAAUAAUGUCUUUUUUUUUUACCUUCAAGUCUGGCAUAUAAUUGGUGUUUGCAUAAAAUAAACAUGCAGUGUGACUGUAAAGACUU